CUUGAAACCCCCUUGCAUAUACACCCCCGACCAAGUACAGCGUGCGUGCGUCUUUGCCAGCAUUCUUGCUCUAGUGAGCUAUGUGGAAGCCGCACCUUAACUUUAUCACGUUGCAUUAUGCAUAUAUCAUAUUCCUCAGCGUCUUAGCCUUGAUCAUUGUCUAUCCGCAGGGCAAUUUGAGAGCGGUUGAUGCCUACUUCUUUGGAGCCAGCGCUUCAACCGAGUCUGGGCUCAAUACCAUCGAUGUGAAGGAACUGAAAACAUAUCAACAGGUGUAUUUAUACCUAAUACCUAUUCUCGGCAACCUUGGGUUUGUUAACAUCCUGGUUGUUCUUGUUCGAUUGCGCUGGUUCAAAAGGCGUUUUGAGACUGUCGAAAUCAAUGCAGCACCCAACGUCCUGGGAUCCAAGCCGCAAAAUGUAGUCAAUGACCCUAACCUAGAAGAGAAAACCUUCGGUGACCGACAAGACAUGGUCAAGAGCCAUAAGUCAGAACAACCUAUUGAUUCGGAUGGACAAGGCAGCAGACGGCCUGUGUUGCCCUCGCAGGGCCGCACCCCAGUCUUAGAUACAUCCCUAGAUAAUGUACAGGAGGGCCAACAGGUCAAUGUAGCCACUGUCAAAUCGUUACGUGCGGCUACUGUAUCUUUUACAGAGGGUGUGAACACAGAUAAAAAAGCUCUGUACAUCCCCCCUCCCUGGGCGAGGGAUAGAGGUUGCCCUAUACUUGAAGUUGACGACAGUGAAUCGGGUGACCCAGAUCUCGACAGAGCCAAAUCCAGCGCGGCAGAUUCCAUAGGCUUGGACUCCUCUCGCCGACAUAUGAAACACAGAUUUUCUUCUACAACCACCUCGUUGGAACGCAUUGCUUCUAGGAUAAUCACCAUGGAUCCAACUCUGAGUCACUGCCGACCGGCUCCGCCCUUAUCGCGUAUGCCGCUCUCGAAGGAUUUAGCUCUUCCCAACCUCUCUUCCAACGCGACUGUGGGUCGGAACUCACAGUUCCACAACUUGACCGAAAGGGAUAGAGAGUUAUUGGGGGGAAUUGAAUACCGUAGCUUGAAGCUGCUGCUUAAGAUUGUUACAGCUUAUUUUUUCGGUCUCCAUCUAUUCGGCGCCAUUUGCCUUGUGGCUUGGAUCCAGCACGCUGAUCCCAAAUAUCGGCAAUAUCUCGAAGAAUGUGGACAGGGUAAUGUGUGGUGGGGAUUCUAUUCGGCGCAGACUAUGGUAAACAACCUUGGAUUUACACUCACUCCCGACUCGAUGAUAUCUUUUCGUGAGGCUACAUUCCCAAUGAUCCUCAUGAGCUUCCUCGCUUACGCCGGAAAUACAUGCUAUCCCUGUAUGCUUCGACUUGUGAUUUGGUUGAUACUCAAGCUCUGUCCAAAACAAUGGUCAGUGAAUGAGCCACUGACCUUUUUACUGAAGCAUCCCCGUCGAUGCUACACGCUUCUUUUUCCGAGUCGGCCGACCUGGGCUCUCUUCGGUAUCUUGUUUGCUAUGAACUUUGUGGACAUUCUCUUGAUUUUAGUCCUCGACCUUAAUAAUCCCGAAGUUAACAUUCUUGCGACUGGUCCUCGGAUACUAGCUGCAAUAUUCCAAGCGGCUUCUUCACGGCAUACCGGAACAUCGACCUUUAACUUAGCGGAUGUAAAUCCAGCAGUCCAAUUCAGCUUGGUAGUCAUGAUGUAUGUCGCAGUUUUUCCCAUCGCAAUAAGCGUCCGGGCGUCGAACACAUAUGAAGAAAGUUCCUUGGGUUUGUAUCCUUUCGAGGCUGAAAUCGAUGAGAGGACUGGUAGAUCCUAUAUUAUGACUCAUAUUCGCAACCAGCUCACGUUCGAUUUAUGGUAUAUCUUCUUGGGAAUAUUCUGCAUUUGUAUUGUCGAGGCUGAUAAGAUCUCGGAUACAUCGAUUCCAGCUUUUGCUGUUUUUCCAGUUCUUUUUGAGGUAGUAUCCGCCUAUGGCAAUGUGGGGCUCAGUCUAGGUUAUCCAACAGUCAACACGUCACUGAGCGGACAGUUUACCACAUUUAGCAAACUUGUGAUAUGUGCAAUGAUGAUACGAGGCCGUCAUAGAAUGCUACCGUACGAGCUAGAUCGUGCUAUACUACUUCCAAAUGAGCGGCUCUCGAAAGAUGACAGAGACGAGAUAUAUCAUUGGCCAGAAGUUGCGGGACCAGUGAAACUCACUCGCUAUCAUACCAGCUAGGAUUCGCUGAGAUUAUAUUCAGGCUUUUUCUAGCGUAGGGGUUUCUCUUAUACGGAGAAGCAACAGGGUUUUUUAAAACUAGAUGGGUGUCCUAAGCGAGAUGCACUUCGCCCGUUUAUACGAGAAAAUAAACAUAAUAUACAAAGUGCCAGAGGGAUUCAAUAAGAAAUCCUCUGUCUUGAUUAUAUUAAGUGGAAUAUAUGAUAUUCCCACCACCAGCGGACCCAAGCCAGAGCCCGCUGAAGCGGCUAAUCUUUCUUCACUUUCAAAAAGAGUGUGAU